GUUCCCACGAUGGAUGAAGGAGAAUUAACGGAUGAACAAUGUGAGAGAGCACUGAACGAUUUUGCACAAAUAACAGCAACAGACGAAGCUUGUGCACAUUUUUUCUUGCAAGACGUCGGAUGGAAUCUACAAGUAAUCUACAAGUUGAUAAUUUUUGCUGCGUUGAAUAAUUUUUAUGCUGCUUCAAAGGAUGAAGAAGAGGAAAUUAAAAGCGAUGGUACUAAAACAGAUGCGGAAGUAGAAAAUACUGAAAAUAAUAAUAGUAAUAAUAGUUUCACUCCAUACUCUUUGUUGUCUUGGAAUAUUGAUGGACUAGACAAAAGUAAUCUAAAGACGAGGUUUAAAGCUGUAUGCUACAAUAUAUCCGAGAUUGCAGCGGAUAUUGUCUUUCUACAGGAAGUGGUACCUGAAUUAGUUCCAUUGCUUAGAGAAUGGCUUCAAGGUGAAUAUAGCAUUCUUCUUUCUUCACCAAACCAGAACUAUUUCACCGCUGUUUUAUUAAAACCACGAGUGGAUCUAAUUUCACAUCGCUGCGUUCCGUUCGAAACAUCAGGAAUGGGUCGUUCAAUGCAAAUCGUUGAGGCUUCGUUGAAUGGUAUGAAAAUAAAUCUCCUUAAUACCCAUUUAGAAAGUAUGGGUGAACAUAGAAAAAUCAGAAUUUCACAACUGAAUGAAUGUUUUAAUCUUAUUUCGGCAUGGAAUAAUCAAAAUGAAUUUGUUGUAUUUGGAGGCGAUUUGAAUAUUCUUGGCUUCAAUGAUGCAUGGUUGGCAGGAGGUUCAAUUCAAAAAUUCAAAUACACUUGGGAUACUCGACUAAAUGAUAAUAAGUCAGCAGGCGGUUCUCGACUUCGUUUCGACCGUAUUUAUUUUAAUAGGUAUACCGAUGCAAUCAAUUCAGUUAAAUUCUCGCUCGAAGGACAGAAUAGAAUCCGAAAUUGUCUUUGUUUUCCAAGCGAUCAUUGGGCAAUUUUAGUUCGAUUUUGCUAG